UGUAUAAAGAUGCCGUUUUCCCAUCGGACGCUUUGGAAGUGUACCAUCGUUAUUUUUAUCUUUUUAAUAUUUUUGCUUUUGUUACAAAGAGAAGUAGGUAUUCAGGAUUUUCAUGACGAGCCGGGAAUCCAGUCAAAAGAUGGAAAGAGGGCUAAUGUGCUAGGCCUAGUGUUACAAGCUGUGAACAAUAUUAAAGGUGCAAAGCCAAACAUGCAAAUCAAUGCCCCUGUGAGACAAACUCAGGUUCCUGGAGAGAGGCACUGUUUACCAGGGUCUUACACAGCAGCUGAACUGAAACCUUUUCUGGAUCGACCCCCUCAGGACCCUAAUGCUCCGGGAGCAUCCGGUAAAGCCUUUAAACCUGUCAAUUUAAGUCCAGAAGAGCAGAAGGAGAAAGAGCGUGGAGAUGACAAACAUUGUUUUAAUGCUUUUGUAAGCGACAGGAUUUCUUUACAUCGGGAUCUUGGACCAGACACACGACCUCCUGAGUGUAUUGAGCAAAAAUUUAAACGCUGUCCACCGCUACCUACUACAAGUGUUAUCAUAGUUUUUCACAAUGAAGCGUGGUCCACUCUACUAAGAACUGUUCAUAGCGUGAUGUAUACUUCCCCUGCGAUUUUACUGAAAGAAAUAAUUUUGGUGGAUGAUGCCAGUGAAGAUGAUUACUUGCACAAUAAACUAGAUGAAUAUGUGAAACAAUUCCAGAUAGUUAAAAUUGUCCGGCAAAAGAAGAGAAAAGGCCUCAUCACGGCACGAUUGCUGGGUGCUUCAGUCGCAACAGGAGAAACUCUCACUUUUUUGGAUGCACACUGUGAGUGUUUUUAUGGCUGGCUAGAACCCUUGUUGGCAAGAAUAGCUGAGAACUAUACUUGUGUUGUAAGCCCAGAUAUUUCUGCUAUAGAUGUCAAUACUUUUGAAUUUAGCAAGCCUUCUCCUUAUGGACAUAACCACAACAGAGGAAAUUUUGACUGGACUUUGUCCUUUGGAUGGGAAUCUCUGCCUGAUCAUGAAAACAAAAGAAGGAAAGAUGAAACCUAUCCUAUUAAAUCACCUACUUUUGCAGGAGGUCUCUUUUCAAUAUCAAAAGAAUACUUUGAAUACAUUGGCAGCUAUGAUGAAGAAAUGGAAAUAUGGGGAGGAGAAAACAUAGAAAUGUCUUUCAGAGUAUGGCAAUGUGGAGGUCAGCUGGAAAUCAUACCUUGCUCUGUUGUUGGCCAUGUGUUUCGCAGCAAGAGCCCUCAUACCUUUCCAAAAGGGACUCAAGUGAUCACACGUAAUCAGGUUCGCCUUGCAGAAGUCUGGAUGGAUGAAUUUAAAGACAUAUUUUACAGAAGAAACAGAGAAGCAGCAAAAAUAGUUAAACAAAAAACAUUUGGCGACCUCUCAAAAAGACUCGAGUUAAGGCAACGGUUACAUUGUAAAAACUUUACGUGGUACCUAAGAAAUGUGUAUCCAGAGAUGUACCUACCAGAUUUGAAUCCUCCAUUAGCUGGAUAUUUAAAAAACACCGGAAGAAGAUCAUGCCUAGAUGCUGGUGAAAACAACAAUGGUGGUAAACCAUUAAUUAUGUAUACUUGUCACGGACUUGGAGGAAACCAGUACUUUGAAUACACCACCCACCGUGAAAUCAGGCACAAUAUCCAGAAGGAGCUGUGCAUCCGUGCCUCUCGAGGAGCUGUACAACUUCAUGAGUGUGGCUACAAAGGAAAGAAGAGCAGGACCCCUCUAGAGGAGAAGUGGGAGAUCAGAGAGGACCAGCUGUUAUACAAUGCAGCUCUAAAGAUGUGCCUUACAGCAAAUAGUGAACACCCAAGCAUGGCAUCGUGUAAUCCCUCCGACCCCUUCCAGAAAUGGAUUUUUGGCGAAAACAAUUAA